CGCGUGCGAAAACGGAAGUGUUGUAAACAAAAGUAGUUACUUUUGUCUGAUGUUAUUUUUGUUGUUGUUGUUUGUUUGUUUGUUUGUUUUGUUUACAUGUUAUUACAAAGCGUUUGUCUGAUCUAAAUUUAUUAAUUCUGACUUAAACGAAUGAACCUGAAAGAUGGCUGGAAAAAAGAAGGAAGUUUCUUUACAGGCGUUUAUCAGUAACGACGAGCAAUGGGGAGAGAUUCUGGCCACUAAAGGGUUAACAGUGGUGGACGUGUUCCAGCAGUGGUGUGGACCAUGUCGUGCUGUUGUCAGCCUGUUCAGAAAAAUCAAAAAUGAGUUGGGAGACGACCUGCUGCAUUUUGCCAUAGCAGAUGCUGACAGCAUUGAAGCACUAGAGAAGUACAGAGGAAAAUGUGAGCCCACCUUCCUGUUCUAUGCUGGUGGGGAGCUUGUGGCUGUCUUGCGAGGGGCGAACGCUCCUCUCCUGCAGAAAACGAUAGUGGCAGAACUGUCUAAAGAGAAAAUGGUGCUCGAGCAGGGCAUUAAGCGAAUUACGGUGGAGGAUGAUGGAUUAACUGAUGAAAAAGAAGUGCAAGACGAAGCAGACGCUCCUCAGAAUGAAGAUGCUCUCGUGCCUUCUAACAGGUCUUACACAGUGGGAAUCAUUAAGCCUGAUGUGGUUGCACAUGGGAAGACAGAUGAGAUUAUUAUGAAGAUUCAGGAUGCAGGCUUUGAGAUCCUGGCUCACGAGGAACGUACACUGAGCGAGACAGAGGCUCAGAAGUUUUAUCAGCACAAAGCAGCAGAGCCAUACUUUCAGGAGCUGAUACGCUUCAUGUCCAGUGGCCCCUCCCAUGUUCUGGUCAUUUCUAAUCCUGAGGGUAGUGAUGAUGUCAUCUCAGCCUGGCAGACUAUCUUAGGAGCAUCAGAUAUAGGAGAGGCCAAGAGAAAGCAUCCAGAAAGUCUGCGAGCUCAAUAUGGAACCGAGGGUCUCUUCAAUGCUCUUCACGGUAGUCGUGAUAGUGAGGAGGCCGGUAGGGAGCUGGCCUUCUUUUUCCCUAACUUCGGACCUCCAGAACCGGAACCGACGCCUGUGGAGAGGACGCUGGCACUCAUUCGGCCUGACGCAGCCAGAGAAAACAGAGAUGAGAUCAUAGCAAGGAUCCAUGAGGCAGGAUUUACAGUGGCCAUGCAGAAGGAGGUGACAUUAACAGAGGAACGUGUACGCCAAUUCUAUGGUCAGCACCAAGAUGAAGAAAACUUCCAAGCGCUUCUGAAUAACAUGACCAGUGGUCCUGUGCUGGCUCUGGUCCUGGCUAAACAGGGGGCUGUGGAGCACUGGAGAAAUCUGCUGGGACCCAAAGACCCCACACAGGCAAAGCAGCAACAACCAGACUGCUUGCGAGCUCAGUUCACAGGGGAAAGCGAGUGUGUGAACCAGCUGCAUGGAAGCGGGAGUGCGGAAGCGGCCGAGCAGGAGAUCUGCUUCUUUUUCCCUAAAGAGUGCACGCUGGCUGUUAUCAAACCUGACACUUCAGAGGAGCUCAGAGAGGAGAUCACCAGGGAGAUCCGAGCUGCAGGGUUCACCAUCUCUCAGCAGAAGGAGAUGGUUUUUUCCAGGGAUAUGGCUGAGGAAUUCUACAAACAGCACAGGGACAAGCCAUUCUUCAACCAGUUAUUAGACUACAUGUGUCGUGGUCCAUGUACAAUGCUGAUUCUGUCUAAAGUGAAUGCAGUAGAGGAGUGGAGGAGGAGGAUGGGGCCUGCUGAUCCCAGUAAGGCAAAAGAGACAGCACCAAGUUCACUAAGAGCUCGCUUUGCUAAGGACAUCCUGGAGAAUACUGUGCAUGGUUCAUCUAACUCACAACAUGCAGAGGAGAAAAUACAGCUUGUCUUUGGGGAGAUCAGCUCAGAGAGUCAAGUUAUCAGUACAGGAGAUCAUGAUGUGCCAAAUCCAUUAGAAACUGAAAGCUCUGAGCUUUCAGAGCUGAAGAACCUCCAGACAUCAGGAUCACCCUCAUUUAGUGAAGAACCGAACCAAACUGAUUCAAGAAGUGAAGGACACUCUCCCACUUCAGAUCUUCAGGGCUAACAGAGUGGAGGAAUCCUGAACAGUCUACAAGCACUGUGAUUUAUCAUAUAUGACAUGUCCAAACAUUUACCAUCACACCUAUAUGUGGCUCUUCCCCAAACUUCCCACAAAGUCAAUUGAAUCUUUUUUGGUUUGUAGCAUUACAAUUUCCUUUCACAGAAACGAAGAGGCACAAACCUGUUCCAACAUAACACGCCAUCUGUGCACAAACUGGGCUCCGUAAAGACACGGGUUGCCAAAAAAUGUGCGUGGCCUGCACAGAGUCGUGAUCUCAAUUCCACUGAACUUCUCUGGGUUGUGGAAAGUUGAUUGUGUACCAGACCUCUGCACCUAACCUCACUAAUGCACUAAACCCACAGCCAUGCUCCAAAAUCUAAUGUAAACCCUUAUUAAAACAACAAAGUGGGGUUAAACCUGGAAUGGAUAAAGGUGUGAUUGGUCAGGUGUCCACAAACCUUUGGUCAUAUAGUGCAUCAUCCUAGCAAACAUAGAUGAGAGGUUUUUAAAAAGUUGGAACCUUAUUAGCAGCUCAGAUAAACGUGAUCAAAUGAUAUUUAUGGAAACAUAGGCACAUUUAUGCUUUAGAAAUAUGUAUUUUGGCUGUUAUAGUAUUAUGUCAUAGGUAGAAAACAAUCCAUAGCUGUGUGACUUUCACAUCUUUCAAUCACUGUGGCCUAUGUGAC